UCGAAAUGAUCGUUCUAGUAUUUAGAUGAUGAGCUGUGUAACAAACAUAACUUAUAAUUCCAAUAUGCUAAAAUCCACAACAAGCGUCAGUAUUGAAUGAAUUUAUUUAUUUAAGUGUCAUUGGGCAAUAAAUAAAUAUAAAUAAAUAUAAAUAAAUAAAUAUAAAUAAAUUCAUUCAAUACUGACGCUUGUUGUGGAUUUUAGCAUAUUGGAAUUAUAAGUUAUGUUUGUUACACAGCUCAUCAUCUAAAUACUAGAACGAUCAUUUCGAAGCUUUACCUUUAGUACGCAUUAUGCGCUCUGGCUAUCCUGCCGUCCAAGAGUACUAACACAGCAGAGUAGGAAAUUCUCGUUUCUAUGUCAUUAAAGGUAAAAUCACCUUUAAAUGUCUUUUUCAUCUUAACAUUUAUUUCUAUCAUUAACAAUAUUAUUACGUCUACCGACUGUCAUUUUCUUCAUGAUGAAAGAAAAUGUACACAUUAAUAACUAACGCACUUUUUCAUUUGGUUUCUUUAUCAAAGUUUAGUUGCUAAAAACUAUGUUUUUUCAACUUUUCAUAGCAAGACUUCCGUGUUCACUUUCAAUUUUAAAUUAAUAACUGGUUUAAGAGAAGAAAGGCUUAACACCUUUUAGACGCGAAAUGAAAAAAAUAUGAAAAACACCUUUCGGACGGAAUUUUCAUACUUUUCAUAACAACGACUUUUUUCGUUUCCCAUCUAAACGGUGGUAAUGAAUGUUAAAAUAAGUAAAAACGCCAGAGAUCAAGACCAGUUUCACAAGAAAAUUCUCUUUUUGACUUUCAAAAAAAAAUCAUCAUUCUCGUUCUAUAGUUGCGUGCCACCCGUUAAAACUCAUACAAUUCGACAUAGAGGUUUGUAUCAUUGAGCAAAUAAAUGAACAUAUUAUUGAAAAAAAUCUUUGGCUGUGUAAUGCUCUUCUCGACUCAAUCCUAAAUGUCCUGGGAGAAUUGCAUUGUCUGCAGCCAAGAAAUUAAUAAAACAAAAAAGAGAGAAUACAUCUAGGUGAAUUCAACCUGCAUUUCGAUAUAAGCUUUAUUCCAUUAGAAUACAAGCAGAAAAUAUUCCACUAUAGUAUUCUAAACUAAAACUAUCCAAAAAUACAAAAUCUAUUUUGUACGAAGAAAGAUUCGAACAUGUGAACGUAGCUUUGUAGUUAACUACAAAACUAAACUCACCGUUCUGUAUCUAUAUUCUGUACAACGAUUAAAGUUGUGCAACGAUGUUGUGUACUCGAUGUUACCAGUAGUAAUUUUUUUUCGUAUGUUUUUUUUGCUAGAAAGAACGAUAAAAUAUUGCUGACAAGUACAUACAUAUUAUACUGCGAUACUAAUCAACUUUUCUAUUCAAUAAACACAAAAAAAUGAAAGAAAAACAUAAUAAGCAGUAAAGAGAAAAAACCGUAGGUAUUGCAUUCAUUUUUCUUUUUUACAUCAUACACUAUACAGCGUCGCUAGAGAAGAAACAUACAUCGAAUGACUCAACUAGUUCACCAAACUCCAGUGUAAGCUGUAUGACUUCUGAUCACUGAAAUAAUACACUGCUUGUCUAUGUUUUUUCAUUCUUCUUUUUUCAAGUCGACAUGAAGCUCAACAGCUUAGAGUUGGUGGUGUUAUUGAAUUAAGAGAUUUGGAUGAAAGUGAUAUAAAAUUAUUUGAAGAUUAUCGCGACAUAAUUGAAAGAAAAAUUCGCGAACAACAUGAAACUUUACCAUCAAAUUUUAAAAUAAUGCCCAUUAAAGUUCAAACACAAGUUGUAGCUGGUACAAAUUAUUAUUUUAGAGUAAUUCUUCCAAAUGAACAGUAUGGAAAUGUUAGAAUUUUUGUUCCUCUUCGUGGUGCCCCAAAUAACAACAGUUUGACAUCAGCCGAUCAACGUGAAAAAAAUGUCACUAUUGAACCGGGUACAACAAAGAAAUUGGAACAAGAUUUUCGCGCUGAUUAA